UCAAAUCCUCAGUUAUAUUAACAUGUCAUGUAAUGUAUAAUAUAUCUGGGAAGGUUCAACGAUUGCACGGAGCUGUUCGAUUUUGUUUGUUGAAUCGGUCUGGAUGGAGCAAGGAGGCAGGAUGCGUGCGCACAGUCGCGACUCAGAUGGCAACGAGAGCGGCAGUCGCUAUGAGGCGAGCGCGGAGUGUCACAGGGCCCUUGCGGCGAGCCCACCCCGCAUCCGGGGCCACCUGGAACGUCCAGGUGGUCAAGGGGAAAAUGAGCUCUCAGUGUCUGUGGCACGCGUGCAGAGCGCUGUCCGCCGGCCUCUUGCUCAUGCUGCUGGGAGCGGCCAUGGCCGUUAUAGGUUACUAUGCCGAUACGUUGUCAGUGGCGGAAGAAGUGCGUGGCAACUCCACUGUAUCAGUGAAGGACGAGGCGAGGGGGUUUCAUCUUAACAACCUGUCUUACGCCGGACCCAUCGUGAUGGGUUUUGGAGGUUUCAUAGUAGUAGCAGCCUGUGUUAUGACAUUCGAGGCUCGGGAUAGCGCGGCUAAAGUGACGCCCGCGCGACCCCAGACCAUCCCGCGACCCCUGCCUCGCCGGGGUCCAUGCGCCCCCGCCAGACUGGACACUCUCGGGGUGUACAGACUACCCCACGUUCUGCCGCUACCACACUCACUGCCACUCGCGCCAGUCAGGGUACGACCACACGUCCACAGAGCCAGUGGAGAUAAAGCUAGAAAUCGUGCGCGUUUCGGCUCCGCUCCGGACUUGAGGAGCGGUAGCGGCCUCGCUACGCCGUCCGUAACCGCGCUACGACGACCGCUACGACGCUACGCUCUCUCUGUUGACGAACCGCCGCAUUCAGCUGUCAGCGCUAGUGCGGUGGAGUCCGAGUGCGGGUCUCAGUCUUCUUUGGCAUUGGAUCUUCACGCCAGCGGGGCCUGUGCUGGAGUCACGCUGAGGGUCAGAGAUAACACGAGAAGAAGACCCCUGGCAAGACAACAGAGACUCAACGAGGACACUAUACACCCAUCUGGAGAAAGCGCCGGCCAUGUAGCCAACACACGUCAGUUUCCGAGAAACAACGAACAGAACGAAACUGUGGGAUCCACUCAGUUAACCGUGGAGCAAGAGGCGCGUGCGCGUAGUGCACCCCCUCCGUGUCAUUCCACCCCCACCUCCCCCGUACCGGUCAUAACACCCCCCAUAUCACCGAAACAGGACACAAACAUCAUCAUCGAACAGCCAGAGACAGAUUGCACGGAUGAACCUCCUCCGGCCGUCGAGUGAAGUCUCCAACACAGAGACUGAUAUAACGAUGAACCCUUUGUAAGAGUUUUACACAUAUACAGUUUAUACUUUGUAAAUUGUAUUUAUGUAUUUUAUAACGAAUUAGUAUUGUUUAUUGUUGCUAAAAUUUCUAUCGUUUACUAUGAUGAUGUCGAGAGCGGUACUUGAGUACGUCGCGUUCUUCACGAGGUUCGUCCGUUCACUUUGUGAUCUCGCGGUUCAGUAGAAGUGCUUCUUCGAGUAUGUAACUAGAUUUUAACAACUUCAUUUAGUACUUUACAACCCCUUAAGGUAAAAGACUGAUAAAAGCGAAUUUUUAAAAAGAAUAAAACCACUUAUUUCUAAACAAUAAAGACUAACAUACCAAUAAAAUGUUUGCGAUGAAGAAUUAUAAAGAAAUGAAUGAUAUAAUUAUUGUAUCUUAUUACUAAAGGAGUCUUUAUGUAAAAGGUGAUUAUUUUUAUUAUACAUCUACA